AUAGUUAGUCGGCCAUCGCGUGCGGCCACUGGAUCGUCGCCGCGCGUUUCGACGCGAGUGCAAUGCACUUUUCCAAAGCAGCCGCGGGCAUGGCGCCGGCCACGGCCACCUUCAGCAGCGGCGCGUCCGAAGCCACUCCGUUGGCGCGGUCGACGCCGACGACGACGGUGACGCGCGCGCACCCGCUCGCCUCGUCGAUCGAAGGAUCCGCCAGCACGGCGCCGUCCUCCGUCACGGCACAUGUGAGCGGUGCCGCAUGCAGCACGAGGGGCGUGUUUUCGAGGGAGGCGAUCGCCGUGGACGCCGCCAGCAACGCGCAGUCCUCGACGCCGCCGUCGUCCGACUCGCACGUCACCAAAACCUCGACCUUCCGCGCGACGCCGUCGUCCAGAACGCCGCGGUCCAGCGCCGCGCCGUCCGCCCAGCAGUCCUCGAGGAGUUGUGCUACCCUUCUACACCAGCGGUCGUCGGCGUUCAGCGCGCCGCGCCGCACCUCGAAGCUCAGGCGCGGCUCGUCCUUCUCCGGCGCCGCGAUGCGCGCGCGGGCCGUCGCGCGCGACCCGCCAUUUGUAGCCGUCGCCGCGUCUCCAUUUGUAGUGACGUGCGCCGCACGCCACGCGUCGAGGCCGCGGCCGUCCUUCCGUUUGUUAGUCUGUAUGGCUUCUGUGGUGGUGCGCGCGGGUUCCAGGCGUUCUGCCAAGCCGGGUAUCGCACUGAUGUCGAACGCUGCGCGCGGGAUGCACUCGGGCUCGCUGGCCUUGAGGGCUGCUGCCAUUGUGCUUGUGCUAGUGAGUGGUGCGGCCUGGCGUGCACGGUCGCUUUGGUUUGGCUCCUGGCGGCUUUGGGCUCCUGCGCUCUCUGAGGCUGGGCGAGCUGCGUCAGCUGAACGCGGGCGUCGGCGUAGUUAUCUGUCGCGGUACUUCCACAGCGCGAGCUGGCUGCUACGUACUGCUCCGUGCGUGAGUGCUGAGCUCUAGCGGCUGGUUGUUUUG